AUGAUGCAAACUCGCAUGCUCACUAAAGAAGACGAAGCCCUCACGGGCAGCGAGGACAACGAAGUCCGCCGCGAGGACCAAGAAAAGAUCAAUCGCUUCAGUCGGCUGCACCAGCGCGAGACGCUGCUCGAGGAGCAGUUGAAGCUGAAGAUGAAAGACAAAGAAGAUCUAGAAGAAAUCUCCACGGAACUGGAGCUGGCAGAUGAGGAUGAGCUGGUACCGUACAAAAUCGGAGAUGCGUUCUUCCAGCUCCCCCUUGAAGAGGCUCAGUCCCUGCUGUCGACGGCAACAGAGCAGGUCGAUGCCGAUGUGGGCAAGCUCGAGGAGGGACUGAGUGACCUGCGGGAGGAGUUGCAGCAGUUGAAGGUGGCUUUGUAUGCGCGGUUCGGACGGAGCAUUAACCUUGAGACUUAA